CGGCCUCCUUCGGCCUCCUUCGGGCUCCUUCCUCCGUCUUCUGCGCGGCCGUUGCUCUCGCUGCUGCCGCUCCUUCGUCCCGCACCGCAUUCCGGUCCAUCGGCGGGCCAUUCCCUGGUCGAGCCCAUUGCUCACACGGCUGUCCCCUACAGCCAUGACUUCCAACCGCCCGCUCUUCCAUCCGUACGAUCGCAGCGGUUCGCGGCCACUGCAUUCUGCAUCAACUCCAUCCCGGACUCAAGCUCGCCCUGGGACCCCGUCGCUCGCACGCUCUUUGCAUCGGCCGCACCAGGGCCGGCUGGAGCAUCCUUCCACUCCCACGCCCGUCGGAACACCCCUCGGAACACCUGGUCCCUCUAUCUUCGCCGACUUGCUCACCGAGGCGCACACGGCCCUAAGCACACCCAACAGCCACAGCCGCCCCGAUGUCCUGUCGUUCUCGCCUCCAUCAAGGUCUGCCAAAUCGGCACAACCGUCGCUGGGACUGCUUUGGAAUACUCCCGGCGCUGCCAGUACUAGAUCACCUUCGUCUCCGGCAUCAGCAUCGCCUGACUCCGCAAAGGUCAUUACUCAACUGAGGAAAGAGCUCUCCGAGGCCGAAUCGGCUCGCCAGAAGAGCGCGAUAGACGCUGAGACAGACCGAGGCAAGCUCGAGAUCCAGCUCAAAGAAGCGCAGGCCCAGAUCGAGAAACUCGAAGCCAACAACCGAUUCAUGUUUGAGCGAGACCAAUCUUCCAGACAGCAGCACAAAGCCCUGCAGGAAGAGCUGAGUCAAUGCAAGGUGGUGCACGAAGCCAAGAUCAAUGAACUGAGGAAGCAGAACCAGGGACUUUCGCAGCGGCUUGCUGAAGUUGUUGAGAGUCACGCCGAAGAGCAGCUUGAUUACCAAAACGAGAUCAAACACCUGGAGAUUGUCAUCGAGACGAAGCAAGCAGAACUGGAGCGGUGCCGGAAGGAGCUCGACAAGAAGAGCACAGAUUCGCUCUCGAGCAAACGACAGAAGCUCCUCCGCCCCGAUUUGGACUCACGACCGGCCUCUGUGGCGACCCACGAUGUUGCAAAAGACUCUGCCCUUGCGAAGCAGCUGUCGAGUCAGCUCAAGUACAUCGGCGAGCUGGAAAGCAAAGUUCAAAGGCUUCAAGACGACCUCGGACACGAGCGUUCGGUCUCGGAGAGUGUCCUGAAGCUCAAGGAGGAGAAGUGCACACUCGAGCGCCAGAUUGAGCAUCUCGAGCCAAUGCGACAGCGCAUCGGGCAACUGGAGGUUCAGCUCAAAAAGCUCGAGGACGAGAAGCAGAGCUGGGCACAGUUCCUGAGUGAAAAUGACCAACUCAACAUGGAUACCCCCUUUCAGCUCGCCAAAGCUCUGUCGGACCUGCGUGUCGACAGCGCUUUGGCCAAGGAGGAGUUGAGCCUGAAACUUGGCGAGAUCGCCCAGAAAAACCUGCUUAUAUCGAGACUGGAGCAACAGCUUGAGGACUCUCGGGCCCGAGUCAAAAAGCUGGAUGACUUGUAUGCCCAAGAGGCUGCCGCAUUGAAGCGAGCACAGCUCAGAUGUAGCCUCUCCGAGAAAGAGAACGAAAACUUCCGGGAGCUGCUGAAAAGCUAUGAUGCUGAAGAAAGCGCAUUGAUGAGCGGCAACUACGACAGCCAAAAGAGCCAGUAUAUUGGCCAACUUGAAGAUCUGGUCAAGCAGUACAAAAGUCAUGUAUCGCGGCUCGACCAGGAGCUAGAUGCGCGCAUAUGUCAGUCUGGAGCUUCCUCUGGCAUAGGGGCCGACAGUGGGGCGCUCAGAAAGACUACCGAGGAGGUCGAGCAACUUGAGGCUACCAUCGCCAAGCAGAAACAGCUCCUCAGCUCCCUUGAGCGAGAGAAUGAGCGGCUCGCGCGCCAACUAGACAAGUGCGAGCGCGAUCUUGGCCGUGGCAUAUACAACACCGCCACCACCAGAGUGCUGGAGCUGAGGAACAACCCGGAGCAUCAAGAGCAAGCCAUCCGAAAGGCUACGCUCGAGGCCCUCCAGAUCGAAAACAAGAAUCUGCACGAGCAAGUCAAGGCACUCUCCCGCGGGAGUGGGUCAGCACCAGCAAAGUCUGGCUCGCUGGAGUCAGACUCGAGCCGAUCUACGGGCGACGAAUCGCUCGAGUCCACCGUGAAGCAGCUGCGCCAGGCUCUCGAAGUCAAAGACAUGCGAAUGACUCGCCUGAAAGAGGUGUAUGCGCUCAAGGCACGAGAAUACCGGGAUGUGGUGUACUCGCUACUUGGAUAUCGGCUCGAGUUCCAAGAGGGCACCGUGAAGAUGACUUCCAUCUACGCCGACCCGAGCGACUGCACCUUCAUCAUUACGACCAGCCCCGAGGCUGACGGCGCUGGCAAGGCUGGACCGCAACCCAGCACCGUUAGUCACGGAACGAUUGCGCUCUCAGGUGGCCAGCCGGUCCAACGCAAUGAGGUCAUGCAGCUGAUGAACAAAUACGUAUUAGAGAGACACAGCAUUCCUGCUUUCUUGGCUGCCGUGACUCUGCGCUCGUUUCAAUAGUCCCGCGAGUGAGCAAGCAAUUCAGUCCCGUACGUCCACGAGGGCUGGAGCGCAUGUGCGGUGACCGGCAUAUUCGCCAUCUCACAAAUAUACUUGUAUACAGCUCUGCUUGGGAGAAA